AUGGAGCGAACACGGGUCGCCAAGGUUGACCAUGUGGCCUUGGCUCGCCGUGGUGAACAGGUCGACGGCGCCCUCCACUUAACCCCUCAUCAUCUGAUAUUUUCACAUUCUCCUCCUCUUUCGACCGAAGGUCAGGCCAAAGGGACAACAGUCAAGCCAAAAGAACUUUGGAUAACAUACCCAAUCAUUGCUUAUUGCACCUUGCGACCAGCGCCCGCAGCGUCGCGCCAACUCUCCUCCAUCCGUAUCCGAUGCCGUGACUUCACCUUCGUCUGCUUCUAUUUCACCAAUGAGCAAAAGGCACGUGAGGUGUUUGAUAGUAUCAAACACUGGACAUGCAAAUCAGGCCGUCUAGAUAAGCUAUAUGCUUUCUCAUACCAACCACCGCCUCCCGAGAAGGAAUUCAAUGGCUGGGACCUUUAUGACGCGCGAAAGGAAUGGAUGCGUCAAGGCGCCCUAAAAGAGAACUCCGGAUGGAGACUUUCAGAGAUAAACGUUGAUUAUUCUUUCUCCAACACCUACCCCGCACUCAUUCCAGUACCCUCUACUAUCUCCGAUAAUACCAUCAACUACGCGGGCCCGUACCGUUCCCGAGCACGAAUCCCUGCUCUGGCAUAUUUCCACCCUGUGAACAACUGUUCCAUCACACGAAGCUCACAGCCAAUGAUGGGUUUCCAGCGGAAGCGCAGUAUUCAAGACGAGAAGCUAGUGGCCUCUAUCUUCUCGACUUCUCGAUCAGAACGACCUCUGGCCAGCUUUCUGCAGACUCCUUUAGAGAGGGAACCAUCACAAUCCAGCCAUGAGAGCUCUCAGUCUAGUCAAUCCGAUCCCGAUAUGUCAAAUGCAGAGGAGAUCGACGCGGAUACUUUAGCUGCUGCCCGUCAAGGGUCUGCGGAACAGCAGGGCUUGGUCUAUGGCGCACAGCAGCGAAAUCUCAUUGUUGAUGCUCGGCCAACUGUCAAUGCCCUUGCCAUGCAAGCAGUCGGUCGAGGCUCUGAAAACAUGGAAAACUACAAAUUCGCCAGCAAGGCGUACCUUGGCAUCGAGAAUAUCCAUGUCAUGCGUGAAUCCUUGAACAAAGUAGUGGAUGCCUUGAAGGAAACAGAUGUUACCCCACUUGGCCCCAAUCGUGAUCAGCUAGCUCGCAGUGGCUGGUUGAAACAUAUUGCGGGUAUUUUGGAUGGUGCUGGUCUGAUUGCCCGUCAGGUCGGACUUCAACAUUCGCAUGUUUUGAUCCACUGCUCUGAUGGCUGGGAUCGAACAAGUCAGUUAAGUGCUUUGAGUCAGAUCUGCUUAGACCCAUACUUCCGCACUCUGGAAGGCUUCAUGGUCCUGGUCGAGAAGGAUUGGAUGGCAUAUGGUCAUAUGUUCAGACAACGAUCGGGUCAUUUGAACAGUGAAAAAUGGUUUCAGAUUGAAAAUGAGAGAGUUGGUGGUAGCGGUGACACCAACGGCGGAUUUGAAGCUAGCGGCGCAAGUCGGGCCAUUGAGAAUGCAUUCCUGAGUGCCAAGGGCUUCUUCGCCCGAGACAACAAGAGUCGCGACUCACUAGGUGACACGGAGGGUGAAUCGCAGAUUGAUUCUGACAGCGCAACGAACAAACAGAGCUCCUCUUCACGACCUAUGGCAACUGAAAAGGAAAUCACCAAAGUCAAUGAAGUGAGCCCUGUUUUCCAUCAAUUCCUCGAUGCGACCUAUCAAUUGCUGCGUCAACACCCAACACGCUUUGAAUACAAUGAACGUUUUCUGCGUCGCCUCUUGUACCACCUCUACUCUUGCCAGUUUGGAACGUUCCUUUUUAACAACGAGAAAGAACGCCUCGACAUGAAAGCACGAGAGCGGACUCGCAGUGUAUGGGACUAUUUUCUGGCUCGCCGAGAGCAGUUCACCAACCCAGAAUACGACCCCGAGGUUGAUGAUCACCAGCGUGGAAAAGAACGCCUGAUCUUUCCUGCUGCGAAUGAUACUCGCUGGUGGAGCGAAUCUUUUGGUCGCACCGAUGCUGAGAUGAACGGACCUCGACGCUCUGACACAUCAGCUUUGGGCAGCAACGACAGUCCUGACCUCAGUCGCACCCCGGUCCUGACUGGUAUUGAUACUGUGCAAGAGCAAGUUAGCACCGGAUCUUCCAGCGCUAGUGUUUCUCAUGCUGCAGCUUCUGGACUUGCAGCUGUCACUGCUGGCAUAUCCAGUCUUUCCGUCCUCCAGAAUCCAACUGAGGUUAAAAGCGAUGAGAACCAGAAAGACAUGGCGGUCGAAAUGAAGUAG